UGAGAGGAUUUGAGUAUACUUUAAUUUGGAAAUACUGCGUGGAAACAGGCCCUUCAGCGCACUGAGUCUACACCGACCAUCGAUCACCCGUUCACUAGUUCUAGACAAUUCCGUACCCUACACACCAGGGACAAUUUGCAGAAGGCAAUCAACCUACAGACCUGACGGAUACAAAGUGCUGCAGUAACUCAACCGGUCAGGCAGCUUCGCUGGAGAACAUGGAAAGCAGACAGAAUGUGCACUCCCGCUGACCCGGCCUCCAGCCAGAGGUCCGAGGAGACGGAGAAGCUGAUCAAGAAGAGCCACGAGGCCAAGGCGUGCUCGUACUCCCCGUACAGCAAGUUCCCCGUGGGUGCGGCCCUCCUGACCGAGGACGGAAGGAUAUUCACAGGCUGCAAUAUUGAGAACUCCAGCCUGACGGUGGGCAUCUGUGCAGAGCGAGUUGCCAUUCACAAGGCCGUGUCGGAAGGCUGCACCAAAUUCAAGUCGCUUGCGGUUGCCAGUGACAAGAAGGAGAACUUCAUCACUCCCUGUGGAGCCUGCAGACAGGUCAUGUGCGAGUUUGGAACAAAGUGGGAGGUGCACAUGACGAAAGCCGACAUGUCCCACAUGACCAUGACGGUCGAAGAGCUCCUGCCACUAUCCUUCGGACCCGAGGACUUGGAGACCAAAUGACGGGGGCCGGCGGGGAGUGCGCUGAGCGUUCCCAAAGCGUGGGAUUGUUCAGAGCAGGGACACGGUCCAGAUAAUAAGGACCCCGCUCUUUGUAUCAUUUUCAGUUGUAUUUAAUUCCGCAGUGUAUUUUGUGACACUAUAGUUGUAUAUUUUAACAUUUCUGGAGGCGUUAAAGGUAAUUGAUUAACUAUGUUACAGUUUGUUAUAAUUAUAUAUGAUAUUAAUUAUAAUAAAUUUGUUUAAUAUAAUG